GUGGUUAAUACUUUACCACCCACUCCACCCCACCACCCUCACCUUCUCUCUCCUCUUGACUCACCAACUCCUCUUUAUAAACCCCACCUCCUCCUUCGCAUUCCUUCCAGCCACCGUCUACCGUCCACCGCCAUUAUCUCCUCUCUCUCUAUCUGCCAAGAAAUGGAGUCUACAACCACAAGAAGGCCUUAUUUUCUUGAAGAAAACAAUGGGCUUGCUUCCAUCUCCGACAUAGAACAUGGGGUUCUCAUCAUCACCGUCGUCGUCGACGGAAGACAACCACCGUGGACAACACCUGAUUUCCAGACCUCUGUACUCGCCGAGAAAAGCAAGUCUUAGAAACCUUUCGUCUUUUUCCUCUAUUUCUUCUCCAAGAUCUGGGAGGUUUUUGCAUGGAAGAUUUGAGGAACAACAACCUCAUUUUUUGGAUGCUUGUUUUCUCUGCAAAAAACCACUUGGUCCUAAUAGAGAUAUCUUCAUGUACAGAGGGGACACACCAUUCUGUAGUGAAGAGUGCAGAUCAGAGCAGAUCGACAUCGAUGAGUUCAAAGAAAAAAACAAGAAUCUUUCUGCUUCAAUGAAAGCUUUGAGGAAGAAAGAAAAGAGUGAAACUUCCCCAAACAAAUCUUCCAAAAAAUACCCUUUUUAUUCUGGAGCAGUUGCUGCUGCUUAACCAGUAAUUUCUUCCUAAAACGAGGGGUAAAAAGGGAAAAUUUUGUCCAUUAUAUAAGUAUGUGAGGUGAAAAGAAACAAGAUAUAAUUUUUUUUUUUUUUUGCUUUUUUUACCUUAUUUUAUUUACCACGCUACUGUUUUUACUGUGGUAAAAAUGCUAUAUAACAUAACGAAAUGUGAAAAAAGGUCAAAAUAUGGUAGACUUACCAUCUUAACCAAGAAGAAGAAUGGUGGUGUAUGGAGUAUUGCACAACUGCUUAAUGCAUGAAGUUAUUGGAAGUGAAGAAUUUCGACCUUUUUUUUCUAAUUAAAUAUUAAUUUAUCAGAUUCUAGUUUAUAUUUUUAACUUUUUACAGAAUAAGAAUCAUGCAUAUCAACCACAAAUAUAUGGAUUUUAUACUAAGAAUUAAAUAAUAUUUUUGAAAAAAGGUGCAAUGUAAUUAUGAAAUUAGAAUUAAAAGAAAAUAAUUUCUUGGUUUGAAACUUCAACAUUGUUAAAGUUAAAAAAAGUUAGGCAAAG